UAAUGGCGGAAAGACAGAGAGAAGAGGGAAGCUUAAAAGAAAAAAUCGGUUUUGUAAUAAUGAAAAUGAAAAGACGAGAGAAGAGGCGAAGCCACCUCCGAGCGGGAUUAAGAUUUUCCUUCGCCCCUCCGAGCUGCCCUCUCUCUCUCUCGGCUCUUCUGGCAUCCCAAUUCAAAAAUUUGACUCCUCAUUUCGCUGGGGGAGUCUCAGGGUUGCGAUCUCAGGGGGGAGCUUACACAGUGUAUUAGGGUUGCUGCUGGGGGGAAUUUGCAAUUAAGGGAAGAAGAAGAGGAAGACAAAAUGGGGGUUAUGUCGAGACGGGUCUUGCCCGCCUGUGGCAAUAUAUGUUUCUUCUGUUGUCCUUCCUUGAGGGUUAGGUCUAGGCAUCCCGUUAAACGCUACAAGCAAAUGCUCGCCGAUAUUUUCCCUCGUAAUCAGGAUGCUGAGCCAAAUGAUAGAAAAAUAGGCAAGCUUUGUGAGUAUGCGUCAAGGAAUCCUUUACGAAUCCCAAAGAUUACAGAGUACCUUGAGCGCAAAUGUUACAGAGAAUUGCGAAAUGGGAAUAUCGGAUCAGUUAAAGUCGUCUUGUGCAUUUACAAGAAACUGCUUUCAUCGUGUAAGGAGCAGAUGCCUUUGUUUUCGUGUAGUUUGCUAAGCAUUGUCCGAGCUCUUUUGGAGCAAACAAAAGAUGUAGAAGUGCAGAUCUUGGGUUGCAUUACCCUUGUUGACUUUAUAAGCUUACAGACUGAAAAUUCACAUAUGUUCAACUUAGAAGGUCUAAUCUCCAAACUUUGUCAACUUGCUCAAGAAAUGGGGGAUGAUGAAAGACUGCUCAGAUUACGGUCCGCAGGAAUGCAGGCUUUGGCAAUCAUGGUAUCUUUCAUUGGUGAGCAUUCCCAACUAUCAAUGGACUUGGAUAUGAUUAUUUCUGUGAUUCUGGAGAAUUAUAUGGACUUAGAGAAUGGCCAAGAAGAUACCAACGAACUUGGUGAGAUUUCAGAAACUAAGGCUCCUAACAUGAGGAAACAUGUUUCGUUCAAACUUAAUCCUGUGACUGAUUAUAACUUGGAAAACAUGGAUAAUUCGAGGAUCCCUUCGUACUGGUCUAUGGUUUGCCUCUGCAAUAUAGCCAAAUUAGCAAAGGAGACUACAACUGUUCGUCGGGUUCUGGAACCGCUUUUGAAUGCUUUUGACAGUGGGGAUUACUGGUCUCCACAGAAGAGCGUCGCUUCUUCUGUUCUACUGUUUCUGCAGUCUCGUCUGGAAGAAUCAGGAGAGAACUGUCAUGUGUUGGUGUCUUCUUUGAUCAAGCACUUGGAUCACAAGAAUGUGAUCAAGCAACAGAGUAUUCAAGUCAACAUGGUUAACAUAGCCACAUGCCUUGUCCUGCAUGCUAAGCAGCGGGCUUCAAGCGCGAUGACUGGUGUAAUAGCUGAGUUGAUUAAGCACUUGCGGAAAUGCCUGCAAAACGCAGCCGAAUCAGAUCUGUCUGCUGAUGAGACGAAGCAGAACUCUGAGCUUCAGCAUGCGUUAGAAAAUUGCAUUGCAGAGCUCUCAAAUAAGGUUGGGAAUGCAGGGCCCAUUCUUGAUAUGUUGGCGGUUGUUCUUGAGACGAUAUCCACUAAUGUACUCGUUGCUAGGACCACAGCAUCAGCCAUCCUCCGUGCUGCACAUAUAGUAUCAGUGGUCCCAAAUGUUACUUACCACAAGAAAGUGUUUCCAGAUGCCUUGUUUCACCAAUUGCUCCUUGCGAUGUCACACGCAGAUUCUGAAACUAGAGUUGUGGCACACAAUGUAUUCUCCGUCCUGCUUCUUGGAACUCUUUGUUUGCCUUGGUCUGACAAACAUAAGGAAGGCUCGGAUGCUGUUUCUGAGACAUUGUCUGUCGAUACACGACAUACAAGUCUUAGUUGUCAGUAUUUGAGUAGCUUAGAGGAGGUAGAUGGUGGUAUAACGUCGUUAUGUUCACUCCGACUCAGUAGUAAUCAAGUGAAUAUGCUCCUUUCAUCUAUAUGGAUCCAAGCAACUUCUACCGUGAAUACCCCUACGAAUUUUGAGGCUAUGGCCAGCACGUAUAGUACCAUUAUUUUGUUUUCACUAGCAAAGAGAUCAAAGCACAUGGCUCUGGUCUGGUGUUUUCAGCUAGCAUUCUCUCUUCGAAAUCUCUCAUUGAAUCAAAAUGGUUUGCAGCUCUCUCGUAGAAGAUCAAUCUUCACGUUUGCAUCAUACUUGCUCAUUUUUAGUGCCAAGAUCUCCAAUAUACCUGAGCUAAUUCCAAUAGUCAAAGAAUCUUUAACUGCCCAAAUGGUUGAUCCUUGUCUUGUGCUGGAAGGAGAUAUCAGACUGCGUGCUGUGUGUUCUGGAUUUCCACAGGAAGAAGUUGCAGCUUUUGGAUCUGAGAAAGAUGAUAGUGCUGCUGCUCUCAACUCGUCAGUGAUUGUCACAAAUGAUAGUCGCCUCAAGGAUAUCGUUAUCACUCAUUUUACAUCGAAAUUUCAGACAUUAUCCGAGGAGGAGCAAUCAAAUCUGAGAAAGGAGAUUCACUCAGAUUUUUGCCGAGAUGAUGCACACCCGCUUGUUGCACCGUUCAUGGAUACACAAGGACCUGAUUCUCAAAUAGAACUUCCAGCUUUUGAAGAGGUUGAGCUUCCAGCAAUCGUGGCAUUCGAAGGCAUUUCCCCGGGUGCUAGUGGGAGUCAGUCUGUCCAAACAACAUCAAUGUCCACAAACACUAACCCAGUAGAUGUUCUGAGUGUCAACGAGUUAUUAGAAUCGGUAUCAGAAACUGCUCGGCAAGUUGCCAAUGUUCCUGUUUCCUCGACUCCUGUACCUUAUGACCAAAUGAUGAACCAAUGUGAAGCACUUAUGACGGGUAAGCAGCAAAAGAUGUCGGUUCUUCGAAGUUUCAAACCCGAAGCAACCAAAGCUAUAGCUUUCUCUGAAGACGAUGAGAAGGAGGAAGUAUUUCUUCUCAAGGAGACAGAAGAAGCUGAUGAAGAUGAUCAGAAGGCACUCACUGUGGCACCAGUCCAACCUCAAGGCCAGCUCCCAUCCUGCUCACAUGGAGUGGAACAAAAUUCGUUUCGGUUACCUUCUUCAAGCCCCUACGAUGAAUUUUUGAAAGCAGCCGGAUGUUAAACCCGGUACAUCUUAGAAUCUCGCAUAUAACUUACACAGAUAUAUAUAUAUAUAUAUAUAUAUAUAUAGACACACACGGUUCUGAUGAUCAGUCAAUGUUUGUGUCUGGUUUGUCUUGAGCUUGGAAUAGAUUGUAUUGAUUUUGUAUGUGACAAAAUGGAAUAAAUGAGUGAAACGUAGUUUUGAAAGAGAACAAUAGUGAAAGAUAUAAAGGCAACUUUACAAGAA